AUGGCUUCAGCUCUGGUGUUCAGACUACCUGAGCGAGGACCAGAGCUGCUGAGGGAGGUCCUGCUGGAGCGUGGAUGGGAGGACUACGAGGCCGGACGGCGGGACCGGGAGGACUGGAACCUGUACUGGAGGACCACUAGGUUCUGUAACUCUGAAUACCAAAACCUGAUGCCAUGGCAACGCCUGAACCACCACCCGAAAACUGCUGAAAUCACACGUAAGGAUUGCUUGGCACGAAACUUGACGCGGAUGAGGGCCACGUUUGGUGCGUCCGUCUACAACUUCAGCCCCACCACCUUCAUCCUCCCCAACAACUACAUCCGAUUCCUGGCCGAAUACAACAAACUGCGAGUGAGUAAGGGUCUGUCGGCGUACUGGAUCUGCAAACCCGUGGAUCUGUCCAGAGGCCGGGGGAUCUUCAUCUUUGAGGACAUUAAAAGCCUGGUGUACGACUGCACCGUCAUCGUACAGCGCUACAUCUCCAACCCUCUGCUCAUCUCCGGCUACAAGUUCGACCUGAGGAUCUACGUGUGCGUGAAGAGCUUCAACCCGCUGACCGUUUACGUUCACCAGGAAGGUCUGGUCCGUUUCGCCACCGAGAAGUACCGGCUGUCGUCCCUGCGUAACCUGUAUGCCCACCUCACCAACACCAGCAUCAACAAGUUCGGCCCUUUCUACAAAACCGAAAAAGAGAGCGUCGGACAGGGGUGCAAGUGGACCAUGAGCAAGUUCCGACACUUCCUCUACGGCCAAGACGUCAACGAGCUCCUCCUUUGGCAGAGGAUCAACAACAUCGUGACCCUGACCCUGCUCACCAUCGCCCCCUCCGUCCCCCCCAGCCCCAACUGCGUGGAACUGUUCGGCUUCGACAUCCUCAUCGACGGGAGGUUCAAGCCCUGGCUCCUGGAGGUCAACUACAGUCCGGCGCUAACUCUGGACUGCCAGGCCGACAUCGCGGUCAAGAAAGGCCUCGUCAGCGACUUGAUCGAUUUGAUGAACUACACGUGGGUCGACGGUCUACGAGAGCGAGCGUAUCGGAGGAAGGGAUACAAAGCGCCGUCUUCGGAUGCCGUCAAACCCUCGUAUGUUUCGGUGCCCGCGCUUCCGACGUUGAAAGAUCCAAAGAUCGGUGAAAAAAAGCCACAUGUUCCCAAACUCCCUUCGCUUAAAAGCCAAGCUGAAAAGGGCCAAAGGAAGUUGGGACCACUCGCUUUCGUAUCGGGACCCCUACCACCUGUUGACUUAAACAAGAUGUUUUCAACCAGCGUAGUCACAGCAACCAACACCCAGAGCGUAGACCCGAUCUACAGCCAACACUCAAGGACGAAAGCAUCCACAGCGAACAGACAGAUGCGUCCGACUCUCGCACCACGUCUGACGGACAACAGGAGUCGUCACGUAUCUGAGGUUACGAACCAUGACGACGCCGAAACCCGAGCCCAGAGGGAGCACUUAGCAGAGGCCGACAUUUCCUCCUCGACACCCGAUAUCCCUCCGCGGGGGCUGGGAUUCAAACCAUCCACUGUCUCCUGGAAGCUGCCGCACAUUCACAGGACUGCAUCUAAGAAAACCAGAGGACACAUUCCUCCAGCCAGAGUCGGAGACUUUAUCCGGACGUUUCCCUUUAAUAAGGCGACUCUGAAAGCCUCCCAACAUACGCUGGACGUGAGGACGGUCAUCCAGGAGGUCAACAAACUGACCGCUCACUUCUCCUCAGGACGACGUCGACCCGACAAGAAGAAAAGAGAAGAGGAGGAGGUGAAGAACGCCGAGGAGGAGGAGGAAGAGGAAGAGGAGGACUUUGAUUCUCUGUUCUGGGGGCCAAAGGAUCCACCCCAGAUCAGACUCCUGCUCCAAAACCAUCAGGGUUAA